CCAAAGAAGUCACCAUUCCUUCGCCUGAUAAGGAAGACCUGUUGGCGCUCGUGGCCCGGCUCUGGCAGAGGAGGAAGCGGCUGGUUGCCGCCGUCGGGAUCGUCCUGGCCAUGGGCCUCAUCCUGCUCAUUGCCGUUCCAAUUCUGCUGCAGGCGCCGUCCGCAAGCCGGGCUCACUACGAGAUGAUGGGCACCUGCCGCAUGAUCUGCGACCCCUACAGCGCCAGCAGUGUGGCCGCCGGGCCCGCCGGACGUUCCGGAGGCACCGCCGCCCUGGAGGCCCUGCAGGAGCUGAGCGCCAACCCGCCGUCUCCCCUGCCGCCGUUCUUCCAGGGUCCCAAGGGCGAUCCUGGCCGCCCGGGCAAGCCGGGGCCAAGAGGGCCCCCUGGGGAGCCGGGCCCGCCGGGCCCCAGGGGUCCCCCUGGAGAGAGGGGGGAUUCGGGGAAGCCGGGACUGCCGGGCCUAUCGAUGUCCCGAAUUGGACCACCCGGAGCAGCGACUACAGUUGGAGUAGCCGGGUCGGGCGUGAGUGGCAGUAGCAGCCCGCCGCCGGGAGGCGAGGUAACCGGCGCGCUGAGCGCCGCCUUCAGUGGCCCCAGGAUCGCCUUCUACGUGGGCCUGAAGAGCCCCCACGAGGGCUACGAAGUCCUCAAAUUCGACGACGUGGUGACCAACCUGGGCAACCACUACGAGCCCAGCACUGGGAAGUUCACCUGCCAGGUGCGCGGCAUCUACUUCUUUACCUACCACAUCCUCAUGCGCGGCGGUGACGGCACCAGCAUGUGGGCAGACCUCUGCAAGAACGGGCAGGUGCGAGCUAGCGCCAUAGCUCAGGACGCAGACCAGAAUUACGACUAUGCCAGCAACAGUGUUGUGCUUCACCUGGACUCGGGAGAUGAAGUCUACGUCAAACUGGAUGGAGGCAAAGCCCACGGAGGCAACAACAAUAAAUACAGCACUUUCUCUGGCUUUCUUUUAUAUCCUGAUUGACAGCCAAGCAUCCGAGCGGUGGCCCAUUGCCUUCCCCCCGCCAUGCCUUGUCUUGGGGUCUGCUCUUCAGGUCAUGUCACAUUGCAAACUGUAUUGUACCUUGAUUGCCAUUUGAAAGAGGGACAGUGACAUCCUUCUAGCCACUGGUGUAUGUUCUCUGUGUUCUGUUGCUCACUAAAAACUGUGAGAUGAGACGCGUUGGUCAGAAAGGAUUCAUAGGAUAAUCAGCACCAUGGAGUGGUCCACUCAUGGAACAUAGAUUUAAAAUGCGUGCUUAGAGUCCCACUGUCCAUGGUGAGAAGGUCAGUCUAGCACCUAUAAAACCCUGGUUGUAAAAAUUAUUUAUAUAUGGUCCCCUGAUCCAGGUAGAGUCUCUGAAACAGCAUCGCCUUUGCCAAUGCCAUUUAGUCAUGAAAAUGUGUAACCUCUUUUAAGUAAGUAGCCUUGCUUCAAAAUCAGUGCUGGGAUUCAACAAUAUCUGAUUUUUGCUGAUUGAUUAGAUACAAAAAUUGCACUGCACACAAACCUGAGUGUCUGGGCCAUCAGCAUGUCAAAAGUCUCAAAUUUAGCUCUCCAAACUCACAAGAGCCUUGCUGCCCGAAAUUCCAUUCUCUUAUUGGAAAGGUUUUAGUGAUUAAACCUCCAACUUCUUAUGGACAAAGCAAGUACUUUGCUAUCACGUUAUAAGGCCUUCUUUGAUUAAACAAGUGGCUCAGAAGCCAUUGACCUCUGAACCCUCCUUUAAUCACUGUAUAUUGCGGUUGUCUGCUUCAAACCAAUCUAGCAUGUUAGGUAAGUCUGAAAGUAUCCAAGGCAAAAAUCAUGAUAGGCAAAGUAGAAAGGGGUGAAUCCUUGCACUUUAUUAUUUUUCUUUAUUACUUGGAAAAUAGGAGAGAAUUCCUGUUUCUAGACUGCUUUGUGAGCAUAAUCACUUUGGUUUUAUAUAUGUAUGAACAUGUAUAUAUGUUUAUGUUUAUAUAUUAUUUAUAUCAUCCACCCAUGUGCAAUGCAAAUCUUG